AUGUCCUUCCAGCGUGUAGGUCUGCGCCUGGCGCAGCAAACCCUCCGUUCACCGGCCUUCCGACCCGCCCUCCGAUCGACACUACAGCGAAGAUAUGCAAACACUGCCAGCGGUGUCCCGGCACCUCCAGGGCAAGGAGCCAGCAAACUAGCCGGAGAUGCCGAUAAUGCUUUCAAUCGGGAAAGAGCUGCUGUAAAGGCUCAUGCUGCUGCUACGAGUGACCUCUGGCGCAAACUAUCCAUCUAUGUUGUUAUUCCUUGCCUUAUCCUCUCGGCCAUCAACGCCUACAACCUGUGGACCGAACAUUGGGAGCAUUGGGAACACAUGCCCCCUCUAGAAGAGCGGGUCGAAUACCCCUACCAAAACCUCCGGACGAGAAACUUCUUCUGGGGAGACGGUGAUAAGACUCUGUUCUGGAACGACAAGGUCAACUAUCACAAGACAGACAAGCAAACUUAA